AUGGCAAAUACGACGUCGUCUUCAAGCAAAGAAGCGCUGGAGAUGAAGAAGAAGGAGUGUUUGGGUUGGAUAGAGUGGUUAAGAGGGUGGUUCUAUUUGAUCUACGAAAUGCUCUUUCAGCGCAUCAUGGCCAGCCACUUGCACAACCCCAUGCCCCUCCCUCCCAUCAACGACCUCACUUGCAUUGUCACAGGCUCCACCAGCGGCAUUGGUCUCGAAAUCGCAAGGCAAUUGGCACAGUCAGGUGCCCAUGUUGUUAUGGCCGUGAGGAACACAAAGGCAGCUCAGGAGUUGAUUAAGAAGUGGCAGAUUGACUCGUCAGGAUUGAGUAUUCCUCUUAAUGUUGAGGUGAUGCAAGUUGAUCUUCUCUCAUUGGACUCUGUUGUGAGGUUUGCUGAAGCAUGGAAUGCACGCUCAGCACCCUUGCAUGUUCUCAUCAAUAAUGCUGGAAUUUUUUCCAUUGGAGAGCCACAAAAAUUUUCCAAAGACAGUUAUGAACAGCACUUGCAAGUGAAUCAUCUGGCUCCUGCCUUGCUUUCCAUACUUCUUUUGCCAUCCCUUAUCAGGGGUUCUCCUAGUCGCAUUGUUAAUGUGAAUUCCGUAAUGCAUCAUGUUGGCUUUGUUGACACCGAAGACAUGAAUGUCACAUCUGGAAAAAGGAGAUUUUCUAGUUUGGUAGGGUACUCAAGCAGCAAGUUGGCAGAGAUUAUGUUUAGUAGUAUUCUAAAUAAACGACUCCCUGCUGAAUCUGGCAUCAGUGUAUUGUGUGUAUCGCCUGGAAUUGUACAGACCAAUGUUGCAAGAGAUCUUCCAAAGCUUGUUCAAGCUGCGUAUCGACUGAUCCCUUACUUCAUCUUUAGUGCUCAAGAAGGUGCAAGGAGUGCUCUUUUUGCUGCCACUGAUCCUCAGGUUCCGGAGUAUUGUGAAAUGUUGAAAGCAGACGAGUGGCCCGUUUGUGCCUUUAUUUCUCAAGAUUGUCGUCCAGCAAAUCCAUCAGAAGAAGCACAUAGUGUUCAAACAUCAUACCAAGUGUGGGAGAAGACAUUAGAGAUGAUUGGCCUUCCUUCAGAUGCUGUGGAGAGGCUUUUAGAUGGGGAAAAAGUUAAAUGCCGUUACGGACAAGAACAGUAA